GUCGUCUUCUUCUGUUCUUUCCGUCACUAACGCUCUGGUCAGCGGAAAAAAGUUUAGUCACGGAAGGAAGAUUAUUGAGGGUGUCCUCGAGGAAAGCAGAAAAUUUCCGAAUAAAAGUGCAAGUGUGGCAAGUUUUCCAAGUGCGAGAAUCCGUUACAAUCGGUCAUUUUCUUUUAGCUUAAGGUAUUUUCAUUGGCAUAUUAGUGGUUUCGUGAAUGCGCAAGUUUUCACUACAGCCGUAAUUUGCUGCCGCGGUGUGAAGGAAAAAAAGCUUACGACAAGAAAACCGACGGUGACGUGAGUUCGGUCGAUCGGACGAAAGCGCAGGACGGCGAAAGCGAGCAAGGUGAAACCAUUCCCAACAAUUGCUCUACCUCCUAUUUGCCAGGGUUUCUUCGGCUCGUCGUAUAGAAAGUUGUGCACAUUCUAAAGCACCGUUUGGUAAUCGGCGAAACAAACGGCAAAUAUAUCUAAUAACAUUCGAUCGUUCCGCUUUCCCAUUACUGCAUUCUUUGGAAGCAGAAAAAACAGCGACAGUCAGCCUGAAAUGGCCUCAACGACGGGUGUCGUGGUACCGCGAAAUUUUCGCCUCCUGGAGGAACUAGAGGCUGGACAGAAAGGUGUUGGCGAUGGCACUAUUUCCUGGGGCUUGGAAAAUGACGACGAUAUGACACUCACUCAUUGGACAGGCAUGAUUAUUGGUCCACCUAGAACACCAUACGAAAAUAGAAUGUACUCGCUGAAAGUUGAGUGUGGCGAGCGCUACCCCGAUGAUCCGCCAACUUUAAAGUUUUUGUCAAAGAUUAACAUAAACUGCAUUAAUAGUCAAAAUGGCGUGGUCGAUCAGCGAUUGGUACCUGUGCUGAACAGAUGGAACCGUGACUACACUAUCAAGACAAUUCUUCAAGAAAUUCGUAGGAUUAUGACGUUAAAGGAGAACUUGAAGUUAACACAGCCACCAGAAGGAAGCUGCUUCUAGUGGUCUCAAUAAAACUACACUGGACAGAAAGAAGGUCGCGAGCUUUGCUCUUAAUGCUCUAUUUUACGUCAUCGUCGUCGUCGUGGUCACUAUCAUGAUUUGUAUGCGUGCGUGAUCGUUCGCUUUCUGCUCUACAGAUACACCUGAAAAAAAAAAACAGACAGAAAUUCUGCGUAGAAAAAAUAUCUACCAGAAUAGUAAAUACGCUAUUAUAAAACAAUAGUCACUAUUAAAACUAUAUCGCUACUCUUGUUGCUAUUAAUUCUGAUGUUUUCCUAUACGUUCAUUUAAUUUAGAAGAUUAAAGCAAAUACAUCCAAAAGAUCAGAGAUAACAAACAACACUACGAGCACUUUUAGAAAGCUAACUCUUUUUCUAUCAAGAACACAAUGCGAAAAGAGAUUGAAUACGAUGGAAGAAAUAUCUGUUUUCAAUUCAGUUAGGACACUUCCGGGAGGGGGAUUUUAAUUAUGGAUUUAAACCAAAUGGGAGAACAACUUGAAAUGAGUAGUCGUCAAAAAGAACGGAAACAAUAAACAUUACUAUUAUUGAGUAUGAUUCAACGGCUUCUAUCAUAUUGGUUUGGCGAGGAAGAAAAUCCAUAGUUCUUACUGGGUACCAAGUUAUAUGUAAAAUAUCACCGGUGUUGAAGUUUUUUUUUCGCUGCAGUUUUUGUCGCGGGUUAGUGCAUAGUUUGCCUACUUUCAGGGAGUUCUUUUGUUAUAUUUUUUGUGUCAUCAUGAUACAAACAGUGAAAUAGGUUACAAGAACUUGGCAGAUAACUCUCAGUACGUAGAUUGUUACAUGCUACAAAAAGCUGCUUUAACUAGAAAAUUUAAGAAUAAACAACAAAUAAUAUUCGAGGAUAGCUACCCGUAUUUAUAUCAUUUAGAAGCAAGGUACACUUGAUUUCCUUGCAGGUGGAAAAUUUGUAGGAAACUGCUGCGUAAAUAUUUGUAAGAGAAAUAAUCUGCAUUCCAUCUCUCUCUCUAUCCUAUUUGAAUAACGAACUUUCCUUUAUUGGUGUAGCGAAGAACUGAAAUGCGGGAAAGUUGAGUAGUAAGCUAAAUAACAUAAACCUAAACGAAUGAAGCACUCAAUGUAAGAAUGAUUUGAAAUGACGUUCGUUGAAGACUAGUUUUCGUCCACGGUUUAUCGGUUUACAACAGUGGUGUAAUGCAAAUAAAAUCGUGGAACAAACAAGAACAGGAAAACAAAUACAUUGAGAGAAAAUAAAAAGCUUUUGUUCUUUCAAAAACUUAAAAUGGCAUAUGAA